UUUGUUGCUUGAAAAAUCAAUACAAUUUCCACCUAUAAAAUAAAAGUCGAACUUGAAAUGAUCGAAACAAAAAAAUCAAUGACAAUCUUCAAGCAAAUUAUCUUCUGAUUGACCAUAAUUCGAUUAUCUUCUGACCGAUGAUAAAUAAUGUUACGAAAAUCAAUAAUGAUCAAUAUUUUUAUCUGUUUAUGUUUGAUUCAAUUGGUCUAUUCGAAUAAUGUUUAUCUAGAUCGUGAUCCAUUUUCUGGACAUCAUAAUGGACGACCACCAUUGCCUAGUCCUCGACAAGGUAAUCAUGGUCGUGGUCAUCAUCAUCAUGAUCGUGGUCGCCAUCAUCAUAAUCAUGAUCAUGGACCACCGGGACAUCAAAAACAACAACAUGAAAAUAUACCAAUCUGUAUUCCCGAAGUUAUUUAUAUUAUUGUUCCUUGUAAUAAUCAAACAAACGAUAAUAAUCGAAUGAUAACUUCAACAACAACAGCAACAUCUUCGUUUGAUACUUCGACUAUUUCAACCCCAACAACAACAACAACAACAACUGUACAACCUUGAUUUUAUUAUACUGAUUUAACACUUAGGACACCAACAUCAUCAUCAUCGAAGGUAUGAUUAUCAUCAACAGAAUGAACAAGGUGGCCAAGGACAACAAGGAGGUGAAGGACAAGAA